UCUCCGCAAGACGAGCCACGCGGGGAAGUGCAGUGCUCGGUAGCUUUGUCCCCUGUGCCGGCAAGUUGCGUGGCACUAGCUGCUUCGCUUCCAAAGGUUCCAGACCUCGUUACCACCAACACCGCACAAAAAAAAAACGUGUCGCGUGUGAUCUCCGCUUCUUUGCUUCUUUGGCUCGCAGACGAGAGCCCCACACACAACGUCGAGUUGCCACGGCAGGCGGUAGGGGGAGGAAGGAGCACGUUGCAGCCGUAGCCGGGCAAGCCAUCUCCCCAUGGGAGACAGGGACCCCUGCCCCCACCGCAUCGUGGGCGAUGUUGGGGGUGCUUUUGCUUUCGGUCUGGCGGGUGGAGGGAUCUGGCACAGCGUCAAGGGCUUCAGAAACUCUCCCAAGGGCCAGGGGACACAGGGCGCUCUCAAGGCAGUGAUGUACCGCGCGCCGGUGUUGGGGGGAAACUUCGCCGUCUGGGGCGCCCUCUUCUCGGUGUGCGACUGCUCCCUGGUCGCCGUCCGCCACAAGGAGGACGCCUGGAACCCCAUCCUGUCCGGCGCCGCCACCGGCGGCAUCCUCGCCCUCCGGGCGGGACCCCGGACCGCCGCUAAGAACGCUGUCGUGGGCGGCGCGUUGCUGGCCGUCAUUGAGGGCAUGGGCAUCCUCCUGUCUAGGUAUAUGGCGCAGGUGGAGCCCCCGCCGAUGGAGGCAGGGGGCGACGCGGGGGGGGCUGGGGGGGGGCUGGGUGCCCCGCAGGCGCCGCGACCACUCGGGCUGGCGCCGCCGCUGCCGCCGGUCGGGGCGCCCGCGGGUUACCGACCGAUGGGGGACGGAGGCGAGGUGGACUCCUCCGCGACGAGAUCCCACGACGUGGUCACCGGGUCGGGCUUCGAGACCGGGUCGAGGUUCGAGGACACGCUGGCCACGCAAGACCCGUUCGCGUCGAACACGGGGGACCGCUACCUGGAGGGCGGGGCGGCGCCACGGGGGGCGGGGGACGCAGCGGCGGCGGCGGCAGAAGGAGCCGAGAGUAGAGGCUGGUUUGGGAGGAUGAUUGGCCGAGGGGGCGGCAAGUGA